GCGCAGAGGGGCGCCUUUCGCGGACGCUUCGGGGCCGCUGGGCCGUUGCUAAGAGCCGGAGGGGGCCGGCGGCGCCGGAAGGGGCGGGGCUGUUUCCGCAGCGCACUUGGACGGACACGUGCUUUUGUGGGUGCAGGCGCCGGCGACCCAACCUGGGGGAUGUCGCGUGCGGGUAGCGCGGUGCGGGCGGCCCCCGGCGGGAGCAGCGGCAGCGGCAGCGGCAGCGCGCUCUUCUCGGGCUUCCGCGCUCUCGGCCUUUACUCCAACCACCUGCCCCACGUGCUGCGCUACCACCAGCGCCACCGCGAGUUCUACCUGGUCACCGCCGCGGGGAGGAGCUUCCACACCUACAACGUAAAGAAACUUGGUAUAGUUGCUGUUAGUAAUGCUUUAUUACAAGACAUUACUUGUUUGGCAGCAGACAGAAUGUUGGUCUUUGCAUCAUAUGGCAAUCUUCUCCACGCUUUUGCCCGGAACAAAGAGGUGGUUCAUAUAUAUGAUGGUCACAAAGGAGAAAUUCACCUUUUGCAGCCAUUUGGUGAUCAUAUCAUCUCUGUGGAUAUUGAUAAUGUUCUUAUUGUUUGGGAUGUACAGUCAGAAGAAGAAUACCUACAACUGAAUUUUGAUAGGGCUGUUUUUGCAGUUUCUGCAAUUAUGCAUCCAAGUACCUACUUAAAUAAAAUUCUCCUUGGCAGUGAACAAGGAAGCCUGCAGUUAUGGAAUGUAAAAUCCAACAAACUUUUAUACUCAUUUCCAGGAUGGGGCUUAGGGGGUGUGACAACCCUUGAACAGGCACCAGCAAUAGAUGUAGUUGCAAUAGGUCUUGUGUCUGGUCAUAUCAUUGUGCACAACAUUAAGUUUGAUGAAACACUGAUGAAAUUUCAGCAAGACUGGGGUCCCAUCACAGCAAUAUCUUUCCGUACAGAUGGUCAUCCAGUCAUGGCAGCUGGAAGUCCUAUUGGACACAUUGCACUGUGGGAUCUGGAAGAGAAGAAACUAACUAGUCAAAUGCGAAAUGCCCAUUCCACAGCAAUAGCUGGUUUGUCAUUUGUCCAGGGAGAGCCACUUCUUGUUACUAAUGGUGCUGAUAAUGCUAUAAAGAUAUGGAUCUUUGAUGGUCCUGGAGGUAGUGGCCGUUUGUUGAGGUGCCGUAUGGGACAUAGUGCUCCUCCAACAAAAAUCAGAUACCAUGGGCAAAAUGGACAGCAAAUUCUUAGUGCAGGUCAGGAUGGAACCUUGCAGUCUUUUUCCACAGUGCAUGAAAGGUUCAAUAAAAGUUUAGGACACGGUUCUAUAAAUAAAAAGAAAUCAAAAAGGAAAGGUCUUCAGUAUGAUACAAUGGCCCUUCCACCUAUUACUGCAUUUGCAACAGAGAUAGCACGUCAGAAUGACUGGGAUGGGAUCAUUGCUUGCCAUCAAGGUUAUAUAACUUGUACAACCUGGAACUAUCAGAAAACUUCCAUGGGAGCGCAUAAACUGAAACCAAAAGCAUUCAGCAAAAACAAGCCUCUUGAUGUAUAUGCAACAGUAGUUGACAUUACUACAUGUGGAAACUUUGCUGUAAUUGGGCUUUCAACAGGACAUGUGGAUUUAUACAACAUGCAGUCUGGCAUUCACCGAGGACGUUAUGGAAAAGAAAAAGCACAUGAAGGUGCCAUUAGAGGGGUAGCAGUGGAUGGAUUAAACCAGUUGACAAUCACAGCUGGAAGUGAAGGAUUAAUUAAAUUCUGGAAGUUCAAGACCAUGGACCUAGUUUACUCUGCAAAUCUCUCUUCUUCUCCAAGUGCAAUGCUGCUUCACAGAGACAGUGGUAUUCUGGGAAUUGCCUCAGAUGACUUUGGCAUUAGCGUUUUGGAUAUAGAAACAAGAAGGAUCGUCAGGAAGUUCUCAGGACACCACAGCCAGAUUAAUGACAUGACUUUCAGUUCCGAUGGCCGUUGGCUAAUAACUGCAUCAAUGGAUUGCACUGUUAAGACUUGGGACCUCCCAUCUGGAUGCCUCAUAGAUUGUUUUUUGUUAGACUCAGCAGCUAUCAGCAUUUCUAUGUCUCCUACUGGAGACUUUCUAGCUUCAUCACAUGUAGAUGAUCUUGGAAUUUAUCUAUGGUCUAACUGUUCCUUGUAUUCGCUUGUCUCUUUACGGCCACUUCCAGCAGAUUAUGAACCUUCUGUAAUAAUGCUUCCCGGAACGUGCCCUACACAAGAUGUGGACAUCACAGGACAUGAAGAAACAAGUGAUGAAAUGAUUGACUAUAGUUCACCAGAGCAAUUGGAAGGGCAGCUAGUGACCUUGUCAUCACUAUCUGAAUCAAGAUGGAAAAACCUCCUCAAUCUUGAUGUUAUCAAGAAAAGGAAUAAACCAAGAGAGCCACCGAAAGUUCCCAAAUCAGCUCCAUUCUUCAUCCCAACAGUUCCUGGCCUCAUACCACGAUAUGCUGCUGCUAAGGAAGAAAAUGAUGAUGAACAGCAGUCAAAGGUAGUAAACCUCGGAGUAUUGGCACAAAAAUCUGAUUUCUACAUUCAACUUGAAGAAGCCUUGAGCAGUAAUGAGUAUAAAUCUCCACUUAAUAUUCUAAAGGAAAUGGGACCAGCUAGUAUUGAGAUAGAGCUAAGAGGCUUGGCUCCAGAUGCUGGCGGCUCUGUAGAGGUGAUGAAAAGCUUUUUGAGACUGAUUGGGACAAUGCUGAACACAAAGCGUGACUUUGAGCUGGCCCAGGCAUAUCUUGCAUUGUUUUUAAAGUUGCACCUUAAAAUCCUUUCUUCAGAGCCAGUCUUGCUGGAAGAAAUAGCCAAAGUGUCAACCCAACUAGAGGAAACCUGGAUCCAUUUACAGACUCUCUUCAAUCAAAGUCUGUGUGUGUUAAAUUAUAUGAAAAGUGCUUUGUUAUAAUGUGCCUUUGUUCCUAUUUAAGAAUGCUAAUGUUGGAUAAAAAUCCUCUCACAUUGAUGAUACUUUUAACAUUGCAGAUAAGUUUCUGAUUCCAACAAUACACCUUUGUAUGUCUUUGUUAAAUAAUACAGAAUUAAAUAUUUAACUUUU